AUGGCUGGAUCGGGAUCUUCAUCAACCCGACCCAACCCCAAUCCCAACCCCAGCAUACCUCUCGUCCGGCCUAAACCCUGGCUUCCCGAACACGACGCCUUCAUCCGCCGUCACGCCCGGAACGGCGAAGACGCCACGACCAUCGCCAUCCUCUUGGAGACGGAGUAUCCUGGCGUGCGGGCGAGUAAGGGCUGGAUCGAGCAGCGGAUGAAGGAUCUCGGGUUUUUUGUCAAAUGA